ACUAGUGAAGGAUUAGACGAAGAUACUAAGAGUUUAUUAGAAGAUGACAUUCGAGCCGACUUACAAAAAUAUGGCUACGACAAAGAAGGAGGAGAAAGAACUCCGAUAAUUAUUGCUUCGGCUUUGAAAGCCUUAAAAGGCGACACUAACGAGGAAAGCAAAAUUUUGCAACUUUUAGAAGUGGUUGAUAAACAUAUAACUAUUCCUGAAAGAGACGAGAGCAAGCCUUUCUUAAUGUAUAUAGAAGAUGUGUUUAGUAUUACCGGCCAAGGAACAGUGGUUACUGGUAAAGUUAGUCAGGGAAAACUCAAAAAAGGUGAUGAAGUAGAAAUAGUAGGAUUCGGCCCGAAGAAAAAGUCGGUAGUUAAAGGAAUAGAAAUGUUUAAGAAGGAAGUAGAAGAAGCCAAGCCUGGUUAUGAUAUCGGGGUUUGCUUACGAGAUAUUAAACACGAAGAAGUAAGAAAAGGUAAAGUUUUAGCUGCUCUGGGAACGAUUACUCCGCAUAAAAAAUUCACAGCUCGGGCUUAUAUUUUAAGUAAAGAAGAAAGAGGUCGCCAUAGUCAUUUUGAAAGUGGUUAUCGGCCUCAAUUUUUCAUUUUUACGGCCGAUGUGACCGGAACUGUGGAACUACCAGCCGAAAAAAAAGUAGAACCAGGUAGUAACAUCGAAUUCAAUGUUGAUUUAAUUGAACCGGUGGCUAUCAAAAAAAAUGAUAAUUUCAUUAUGCGGGAAGGUGGAAUUACUAUUGGCGAAGGG